AGAGACGUGUAUGAUGAGUUAUCAGGGGGAUGGGCCAGAGAGCUCCCUUUCAGUCUGUGUUCUUGUCCUCCAUUUAGCACUGGCAGCAGCAUCAGCUUAUUGUUAUUAUUAUUUUUUUAUUUGUGGCACAUGAAGCUCCAUUUUACAUUUCAGGAAUUUAAAAAUCUGGGAUUAAGAUUUGUGCUGUUGGACUUUUCACCUGCUGUGCAGCUUUGCAUCCGUCGCCCUCCUUUUCCACCUGCACAGAACAAGACAUUUGUGAGACAUGGACGUUGAACAUGGAUCAUACCGACACGUGGACGUCCCGGACCACGUUCACUACAUCAUCGCCUUCUUUGUCUUCGUGAUCGGAGCAGUGGGGGUUAUUGGAAACGCCUUGGUCAUGUAUGCGUUUUCAUGCAAUAAGAAACUUCGAACUCCUCCCAACUUCUUCAUCAUGAACUUGGCUGUCAGCGACUUCCUCAUGGCGAUAACGCAGUCACCUGUCUUCUUUGUUAAUUCUCUUUACAAAGGGUGGAUUUUUGGAGAAACUGGCUGUAAAAUGUACGCUUUCUGUGGGGCUUUAUUUGGAAUCGCCUCAAUGAUAAACCUUCUGGCCAUCUCUAUAGACCGUUACAUCGUUAUCACCAAACCCCUGCAGUCCCUAAGGUGGACCUCAGCGAGACGCACCUGUCUUAUUAUUGCUCUCGUGUGGCUGUAUUCACUUGCCUGGAGCCUAGCACCACUUCUGGGGUGGAGUUCUUAUAUCCCAGAGGGUCUGAUGACCUCGUGUACGUGGGACUACGUGACAUCCACCCCGGCUAAUAAAAGCUACACUCUGAUGUUGUGCUGCUUUGUUUUCUUCAUCCCUCUGGGCAUCAUAUCCUACUGUUAUUUGUGGAUGUUUCUGGCUAUUCGUCAAGCAAACAGAGACGUGGACCAGCUGGGCUCCCAGGUGAGGAAGUCGACCCUGAUCCAGCAGCAGUCGAUUAGGACCGAAUGGAAGCUGGCGAAGAUCGCCUUUGUGGUCAUCAUAGUGUUUGUGCUUUCCUGGUCACCUUAUGCAUGUGUCACCCUCAUCGCCUGGGCUGGAUAUGCAAGUAUUCUCAAUCCAUACUCCAAAGCCGUACCUGCUGUGAUAGCAAAGGCGUCAGCCAUCUACAACCCUUUUAUCUACGCUAUCAUUCACUCCAAGUACAGGGACACCCUGGCAGAAAAGGUCCCUUGUCUUCACUUGCUGGCUCACCACCCCAGGAGGGACUGCUUAUCCGUGUCACACAGCAAGUUCUCCAUCAGGGUCUCCACACUGAGCAGGCAGUCGUCCAAAAUGCAGUUUCACAGAAUUUCCUCCAUGUCCACAGCAGACACAGUUUGCAGCGAUGUGGAGCUGGAUCCCAUCGAUCACAACCCCUGCCUAAAGCUGAGUUGCUCUCUUGAAGCUUUAAAGGAAACAAAGAAUUAUCCAUUACCUGAAACGACAAAGGUAAAAGGAAGUCAAAUCGAGGAGCAGGAAAGGUUUUCCACAAAGGGAUGCGCUCGGCUUGGAGGAGGAGAAUCUUGGCAGCAAAAAUGAAAAGCUGGGAGAUGAAAAUGAGUUUAAUCAUGAAGAAACAAAGACACAGAAAUAACAGAUUUUAAAAAAUGAUGGCGAGUCGCCGGUUUGUAUUUUGUCAGAAACCCUGGACACUAUUUUAAGUGUUUAUUCCACUGAGGUGGGCGAACCCAACGACAAAGCAGGCCCCCAGUCUGAGGGUUCAGAAGGGUCACAAAGCAGACAGGAGAACAACAGUCUUUUUACAUCACCUGGAUUUCACAACAAAUAACUGUUUGACAAUCUCUGCAAUACGGAAGACUGUAAAUGUUGAAUAUGUUUGUCGAUAUAAAAUACUUUGUUAUAAGUUUGA